UUGAUUACAAACUAAUUUUGUUUGCAAAUUAAUUACUAUCUUGUAGUUUGUACCUCCAUUAAUUACAAUUUACAAUGCAACAAAUUAUGUUGCUGCAGGUAGACUAUUGAUGGAGAGGCACCCAUCUAUAGUUUGGAUUCCAUGUGCUGCUCAUUGCAUUGACCUCAUGUUGGAGGAUAUUGGAAAAAUCCCAUGGGUCAAGAGAUGUGUAGAAAGGGCAAGAAAUGUCUGCAAAUUUGUAUAUAAUCAUUCAUGGGUGUUGGCUCUUAUGAGACAAUACACAGAGCAGAAGGAGUUGCAUCGUCCAGGAAUCACAAGAUUUGCCACAAACUUCCUCACAUUGCAGUCCAUGCUUAGGUCUAAGCCUGCCUUGAGACGUAUGAUUGUUGGUGAGGAGUGGUCUUCCUCAUCCUAUGCUACCACCCUUGCAGGGAUAGAGAUGGCAGAUUGCAUUUUUGAUGAGCAAGGCUUUUGGGUCCCUUGUGAUGAGAUAGUGAAGUUUGUUAAGCCCUUGGUGGUUUUGUUGCGAGUUCCGGAUGGAGAUAAGCCCGCAAUGGGCUAUAUAUAUGAGGGCAUGGAUAGGGCGAAGGAGGCCAUCAGAUUCGUCUAUGGAGCAGAUGAGAGCAAGUAUGGUCCCAUUUGGGAGAUCAUUGAUAGGAGAUGGCAUCAUCAGCUACAUAGGCCCAUCCAUGCGGCAGCCUAUUAUCUGAAUCCGGCAUUCCGUUUUAUCCCUUCUUUCAAGGCUGAUGCGGAGGUCCUUAAUGGGCUAUAUGCAAUCAUGGAGAAGAUGGGACCUGCUGGUACUUCUCAGAUAGACCUUUUUCGAGAGCUACAGAUGUUCUCAGAUGCACAAGGGGAGACCUUCUCUCGUCCUGUCGCCAAAGACGGUAGGACAACUAUGAUGCCAGAUCAUUGGUGGAACUUUUUUGGCCCAGGGACACCAAAUGUUCAGAAGUUGGCCAUUCGUAUCUUGAGCCAACCAUGCAGCGCAUCAGGUUGUGAGCGCAAUUGGAGUAUGUUUGAGCACAUACACUCCAAGAGGCGCAAUAGAUUAUCUGUGGAGAAGAUGAAUGAUCUCGUCUUUGUUCACUACAACCUCCGCCUGAGAAUGAGAAAGAAUGCAACAGUUGACAUGUCUCCUAUCAUUCUAGAUGAGGUUGAUCUUGAAGCAGAGUGGGCCAAUGAGAAUCAGAUAGCUCCUGGGACUCCUACAGCUGUAUUUAGUGAUGAUGACAUUGAUUGGAUCGACCAGGUAGAUAUAGAGGCUGAGGCUGUAGCCAUGGCAGAGGAGGAGCAGAGAGUACGAGCAGAGACAGGAAAUACUGAGACUCAGAGUGACACAGCUGUUCCUGAUGUUGGUGAGCAUGACACGGCCAUUCCUGAUGUUGGUGAGCAUGGCAUGGUGUCACGGGGAGCAACUAUGGCUGUUGAAUCAUCCAGGACCUACUUUAAACGCCUUCGCAGGGGACCAGGGCGAGAGGGUGCACGGCCCUCUCAGCCAUAGGCUUGUACACUUGUAGUUGUAUUUAGUAUUUACUAUUUACCUUUGGUAUUUGUAUGAAACAUUUGAUGAUGAUCAUAUGAUGACAUGGAUUUUUUAUUCCAUGAGUUUUGUAAUAUUGUAUACAUUUGACAAUAUUUAUAUAUCUAUGUUUCUUAUUUUCUUCAGCUACAAUUUGCGUUUAUGCUUAUGUGAUUGAUGUAUACUUGUCUAUGUAAUCAAAUGAGCCGAGUUUAAUAAUGUUUUUGUGUCUUUAAGGUG